AUGCCUCCCAAGAAGCCCGAGCCUAAGAAGGAAGCAGCCAAGGCUGCCCCAGCCCCUGCCCCUGCCCCAGCUCCUGAACCCCCCAAGGAACCUGCCUUUGAUCCCAAGAGUGUAAAGAUAGACUUCACUGCUGACCAGAUCGAAGAGUUCAAAGAGGCUUUCUCGUUGUUUGACCGGACACCGACUGGAGAGAUGAAGAUCACCUAUGGGCAGUGUGGAGACGUACUGCGGGCACUGGGCCAGAACCCCACCAAUGCCGAGGUGCUGCGCGUCCUGGGCAAGCCCAAGCCUGAAGAGAUGAAUGCCAAGAUGCUGGACUUUGAGACGUUCCUGCCAAUCUUGCAGCACAUCUCCCGCAACAAGGAGCAGGGCACCUAUGAGGACUUUGUGGAGGGGCUGCGUGUGUUUGACAAGGAGAGCAAUGGGACAGUCAUGGGUGCUGAGCUUCGCCAUGUCCUUGCCACCCUGGGAGAGAAGAUGACUGAGGCCGAAGUGGAGCAGCUGUUGGCUGGGCAAGAGGAUGCCAAUGGCUGUAUCAAUUACGAAGCCUUUGUCAAACACAUCAUGUCUGGGUGAAGCAGACUCGUCCAGGGUGCCUGGCCCUUGGCCUCAGCCUUUCUGGGGCAAGUGAAGCAAGAAGCCCAGAGUAACUGAGCUGGAGCUAAGGUUCUGGACUCAUCAUUGCAUGCAGCCCUGAGGGCAUCCCAGGCCCAUAGCCCUCCCUGU